AUGGAUUAUUCUGAUCCAGAUGACCCUAAAGACCGAUGUAGUACACCAAAAAAAAAACGAGCAAUGAGAAAUGAACUCUCAAAAGAAGAAUGUCAUAGAGAAUACAGAAAAAAACAAUUUCAACAACAGUGGUUAUCAGAUGAGAAAUAUAAAUUAUGGUUAAGAGAAGUAAAAUCUGAACCAACCAAAUGCAAGUGUAUUGCAUGUAAUGUUGAAAUCAUGUGUGGCAAAAGCGAGAUUGAGAAACAUGCAAACAGUAUUAAACAUUCAACAAAUGUCAAAAGUUUACGUGGAUCAAAAUCCCUGUUAUCGUCAUUCACUAAAAGUAAGGAAAAUGAAAUUUUAGAAAAUAAUAUUAAAAUCUCUGAAAUCAAAUUAGCAGCAUUUUUAGCAGAACACAAUGUUGCUCUACACACCAUUGACCAUCUAACUCCUUUACUAAAAGAGAUUUUCCACGAUUCAAAAAUUUGUAAAGGUGUAAAUCUUCAUCGUACCAAAGUAACUAGUGUCAUUAAAAAUAUUAUUGCACCAGUUGAAAUUUAUGAAACAGUUGAGAUAAUAAAAAACAAUCCAUUCUCUGUAUUGGUUGAUGAGAGUACAGACUUGACAUGCCAAACAUUUUUAUGUUUAUUGGUUAGAUUUGUACAUCCUAACAGUGGUAUGGUACACACAAAACUUUUGGAACUUGUACCAGUCAAUGCUAUAAAUUGUUCAGCCAAAAGCAUAUAUGGCCAUUUCAAAGAGUGUCUUUUAAAAAAAAAUAUUCCUUUGAACAAUAUCGUCGGAGUAGCUUGUGAUGGUGCUGCGGUAAUGGUUGGAAUACACAAUUAUUUUAUGACUUGCAUGGUAGAAGAUUCACCAAAAGUAAUAAAAAUGCAAUGCUUCUGCCAUUCUUCAGCACUAGUAGCGUCAAAAGCUUGUUUAAAUCUUCCCAGAACGGUUGAACAGUUAAUUCGUUCAAUUUCAUCAUAUGUAUCUGGGAGCGCAAAGCGUUGUGCGCAAUUAGUUGAAAUUCAAGAAUUUUUUGAUAACCAGCGUAAAACAAUUUUGAAGCUUGCCGAAACUCGUUGGUUAGCACUUCACCAAUGUGUAGUCAGGGUAUUAGAAUGUUGGCCAAGUCUCAUUGAGUACUUUAGAAUUGCUCUGUUCGAGGACAAAUUAAAAUCUGCGCAAACAAUAUUAGAUGAGCUUUUAAAUCCAUACACUAAAUGCUAUUUUUUAUUUUUAAAAUAUGCUUUAAAUUAUCUAAAUACAUUCAAUGCUCUUUUUCAAAGUAGAGAAAUUAUGAUUCACAAACUUUUUGACCAGUCAUUAAAUUUAAUGAAAAUUAUAUGUCAAAACUUUGUGAAACCAUCAUUAUUGGAUAAUAUUAGCUGCUUAAAUUUUCACAUUUCAAAUUUAUUGCCUGUCGAAGAAGUAUUCUUAGGUGCUGAAUGUCAAUCACUAUUAAAUUUACAGCCCAUUGAUAAUAUUAAUGUAUUUAAAGAAAAAUGCCAAAAAUUUUAUAUUACAGUAGCAGAAGAAAUUAUAAAACGACUACCUAUUAGUAAUAAUUUGUUUAAAGAAUUCAAAUUUUUAGAUCCUGAAAUUGCAUUAGAUGCAAACAACCGUGCUGGUUUUGAUAAUUUGCCUCUACUUAGCGAGCAAUUUGGUAAUUAUUUUGACAAAUUUGAGCUUAUAAAUGAAUGGAGACAACUUCCCUCCUCAUUGAAUAAUUCUCAAACUAUACAUUUAAAAAACCUUGGUGUGGUUGACAAUGCUCAAAUGUGGAAAGAAAUUUCAGUAUUGAAGAAUUUUGUGAACGAUUCCCCUAAGUUCCCAAAUAUAUGUACAUUAGCAAGAUUAGCAUUAACUUUGCCUCAUUCCAAUGCGGAAGCAGUACGAAUUUUUUCUAUUGUUAACGAUGUGAAGACAAAAAAAAGGAAUCGAAUUGGAAAUGAUACAUUAAAUUCAAUUUCAAUAAUUCGCUCAUCAUUCCAGGAUAAAAAUCAAACUUGUAUGAACUUUAAGGUUAAUAAACACCACAUUGCUCUACAUAACACACACAAUUUAUACUUAUAA